CGCCGGGCCUGGGGCUCCCAGAGUGCCCCGCAUGGCGCGUCAUUGAAGAGAGGCCAUGAUGGCGGCGGCGGGGGCCGCGGCGGCCGUCGGAGGAGCCCCGGAGGUGAUCGCCCAGCUGGAGAACGCGGCCAAAGUCCUCAUGGCACCACCUUCCAUGGUCAAUAAUGAACAACGGCAGCAUGCUGAACACAUAUUUUUAUCAUUUCGAAAAUCAAAAUCUCCAUUUGCAGUUUGCAAGCAUAUUUUAGAAACUAGUAAAGUGGACUAUGUCCUUUUCCAAGCUGCCACAGCGAUAAUGGAAGCAGUUGUUCGUGAAUGGAUUCUGUUGGAAAAAAGUAGCAUUGAAUCACUAAGAACAUUCCUUUUAACAUAUGUCUUACAAAGGCCGAACCUUCAAAAGUAUGUACGGGAGCAGAUAUUAUUAGCAGUAGCUGUAAUAGUGAAACGAGGGUCCUUAGACAAAUCAAUUGAAUGCAAGAGCAUUUUUCAUGAAGUCAGCCAGUUGAUAAGCAGCUGUAACCCCACUGUGCAAACAUUGGCCUGUUCCAUUUUAACGGCAUUACUGAGUGAGUUCUCAAGUUCAAGUAAAACCAGUAACAUUGGGCUAAGCAUGGAGUUCCAUGGUAACUGCAAGCGAAUAUUUCAGGAGGAUGAUCUCCGUCAGAUUUUCAUGCUUACAGUAGAGGUUCUGCAAGAAUUCAGUCGACGUGAAAAUCUUAAUGCUCAAAUGUCUUCAGUCUUUCAGCGUUAUCUUGCACUAGCUAAUCAAGUCUUAAGCUGGAAUUUUCUUCCUCCUAACUUAGGCAGACAUUAUAUAGCUAUGUUCGAAUCCUCACAAAAUGUGAUGCUAAAGCCAACAGAGUCCUGGCGUGAGACCCUCCUGGACAGCAGAGUCAUGGAGCUUUUCUUCACAGUGCAUCGAAAAAUUAGAGAAGACACAGAUAUGGCACAAGACUCGCUGCAGUGCUUAGCCCAGCUAGCCUCACUACAUGGGCCGGUGUUUCCAGACGAAAGUUCUCAAGUUGAUUAUUUAGCUCACUUCAUUGAAGGAUUGCUCAACACUAUCAAUGGAAUUGAGAUAGAGGACUCGGAAGCAGUGGGAAUAUCAAGCAUAAUCAGCAACUUGAUCACUGUAUUUCCUCGCAAUAUAUUAACAGCCAUUCCAAAUGAACUUUUUUCUUCAUUCGUUAACUGCCUCACACACCUGACUUGCUCUUUUGGGAGAAGUGCUGCCUUGGAAGAAGUGCUUGACAAAGAUGACAUGGUAUACAUGGAAGCCUAUGACAAGCUCUUGGAAUCUUGGCUUACUUUGGUGCAAGAUGAUAAACAUUUCCAUAAAGGCUUCUUUACUCAACAUGCUGUUCAGGUUUUUAAUUCUUACAUCCAGUGCCAUUUAGCUGCUCCUGAUGGUACAAGGAAUUUGACUGCCAAUGGUGUGGCCUCUAGAGAGGAGGAGGAAAUAAGUGAACUUCAGGAGGACGACAGAGAACAGUUUUCUGACCAACUGGCCAGUGUAGGCAUGUUAGGAAGAAUCGCUGCCGAACACUGUAUACCUCUUCUUACAAGUUUAUUAGAAGACAGAGUGACGAGGCUUCAUGGCCAGUUACAAAGGCAUCAGCAGUUAAUUGGCUCACCAGGAUCAGGCGCCAUUGACAAUAAAGUACUUGAUGACCUAUAUGAGGAUAUUCAUUGGCUUAUUCUAGUCACAGGCUACCUCUUAGCUAAUGAUACUCAGGGAGAGACUCCGCUAAUACCUCCAGAAAUAAUGGAGUAUUCCAUUAAGCACUCAACUGAGGUUGACAUCAAUACGACGCUUCAAAUUCUUGGAUCUCCAGGAGAAAAGGCCUCUUCCAUUCCAGGGUACAACAGAACUGAUUCUGUUAUUAGGCUGCUGUCUUCUAUUCUGAGAGUUUCUGAAGUGGAGUCUCGAGCAAUAAGAGCAAAUCUAACGCACCUUUUGAGCCCCCAAAUGGGAAAAGAUAUUGUAUGGUUCCUUAAGCGAUGGGCAAAAACCUAUCUUCUAGUAGAUGAAAAACUGUAUGAUCAGAUAAGUUUGCCGUUCAAUACAGCAUUUGGUGCUGACACAGAAGGCGCUCAGUGGAUUGUGGGUUACCUCUUAGAAAAAGUAAUCAGCAACCUCGCAGUGUGGAGUUCUGAACAGGACCUGGCAAAUGACACUGUGCAGUUGCUAGUAACUUUGGUUGAAAGGAGAGAGAGGGCAAAUAUAGUAAUCCAUUGUGAGAACUGGUGGAAUUUAGCAAAGCAGUUUGCUAGUCGGAGCCCACCUCUUCACAUUUUGUCUAGUUCUGUGCAGCGAACAUUAAUGAAAGCCUUAGUUCUCGGAGGUUUUGCUCAUAUGGAAUCUGAUGCUAAACAACAGUACUGGACAGAGGUUCUACAUCCACUUCAACAGCGCUUCUUGAAUGUGAUUAACCAAGAGAACUUCCAGCAAAUCUGCCAGGAGGAGGAGGUGAAACAAGAAAUCACUGCCACCUUGGAGGCACUUUGUGGCAUUGCUGAGGCUACCCAGAUAGACAAUGUAGCAGUUCUCUUUAAUUUUCUAAUGGACUUCCUCACCAAUUGCAUUGGACUAAUGGAGGUGUAUAAGAAUACACCAGAGACUGUUAACCUCAUUAUAGAAGUUUUUGUUGAAGUUGCACAUAAACAAAUAUGCUAUCUUGGAGAGUCUAAAGCCAUGAAUUUAUAUGAAGCUUGUCUGACCCUACUUCAAGUGUAUUCCAAGAAUAAUUUAGGUAGACAACGAAUAGAUGUUACAGCAGAAGAGGACCAAUACCAGGAUCUUCUUCUCAUCAUGGAGCUUCUUACUAACCUACUUUCAAAAGAAUUUAUAGAUUUCAGUGAUACAGAUGAAGUAUUCAGGGGGCAUGAACCUGGGCAAGCCACAAAUAGAUCUGUAUCAGCAGCAGAUGUUGUCUUAUAUGGGGUGAAUCUAAUCCUGCCUUUAAUGUCCCAAGACUUGUUAAAGUUUCCAUCACUGUGUAAUCAGUACUACAAAUUAAUCACUUUUAUUUGUGAAAUAUUCCCUGAGAAAAUUCCACAGCUUCCAGAUGACUUGUUUAAAAGCCUUAUGUAUUCAUUAGAAUUAGGAAUGACAUCAAUGAGUUCUGAUGUUUGCCAGCUCUGCUUAGAAGCCCUAACACCAUUAGCAGAACAGUGUGCAAAAGCACAGGAAACAGAUUCAUCCCUUUUUUUAGCAACAAGGCACUUUCUUAAGAUGGUGUUUGAUAUGCUGGUACUACAGAAGCACAACACAGAGAUGACAACUGCAGCAGGUGAAGCAUUUUACACAUUAGUAUGUUUGCAUCAGGCUGAAUAUUCUGAAUUAGUUGAAACCUUAUUAUCAAGUCAACAAGAUCCAAUUAUUUACCAGCGAUUAGCAGAUGCCUUCAACAAGCUUACUGCAAGCAGCACUCCGCCUACGCUGGACCGUAAGCAGAAGAUGGCCUUCCUCAAAAGUUUAGAAGACUUUAUGUCAAAUGUUGGUGGUCUCCUCUGUGUAAAAUAAACACCAGAACUGUAUGCCUAACGUAGACCCUUUCUGCAAAAUGCACUGAAAAAAUGCUGAAAGCUGACUUAAUCGUAAUGCCUGUUUCUGGGUUUUUCACAGCCAUCUAAGAUUUUAGAGAGCCUGGAAGUUUUGAUAUACAGUAGGGCAGUGGAGUAGGAGAUGUCAACUCUAAAAUCAGCUUCUGCUAAAUGUGUUAGCCACAGUCUGUCAUACCUUCUUAUGUUGUACAGAAUAAACUGAAAAACUGAAAUCUCAAAAAGAAUUCCACAAGUGCAUACAGAUAUGGGCACCGUAAAAACAAGAACCAGUGCCUUCUUCCCAAAUAGCCUCAAAUAAUGAUGAUUCAGACUCUUAAAAGAUUUUUCACUAUCGCUAUAAACCCUUCUAGUGUGUGAUUUAGACACAUACAGAACUCUAAAACAAUCCUAAGCUUUAUUUUUCCUCUCUGAAAACUGUGUGUGGAAUCCAGUGAAGAAGAAGAAGAAGAAAACCACCAAAUGAUAUUUUUUAACUUGGGUUUAGUUUUUUUAGUUGGUUCGUUUGUUUUUACAUCAACCUGGCGUUGCAUGUUUGUGUAAUACAAAUUUCUACAUUAUAUGCUGCUGCCCUAAAGUUCAAAAAGAAGAAAGGUGUAUAUUUUUGUUUGCCCUGAUAAUGAACUUUAGGAACUGUAGCCAUUUCAUUGCCUUAAUUUAAAACAAAUUAAAAAGAGAAGAGCUGAUGUAAGUUAGAUAAAAAUUCUAAGGCAAGCUUUUGCUCCUCAGAACUUGUUAAUAAUGUUGGCAUUAAGCUGCCAAGUACCUGUUUGCAGCCUAUGUGUGCUGAGAGUAUUGUGUCCAUGUGAGUUUAAAAAGAAGCUCAUGUGUAAUUUUACUUUCAAUUUCUAUUCAUUCACACCAAGGCCAUACACAAGUGCAGUGUAUUUCUAGAUUGAACUGUUUGCUGAAGCAAUAAUGUUUCAAAAAGUGUAAAUUAUUGAUUUCUACAAACUUCUAAAAAAUGUUGGGGCAUUAGAUUCAACGGCUAGAACAUACUAGUGUCAAACUCUUCUAACCAAGGACUGUGCAUGUUUGAUUUCAAAAUUCAGAAUACAGAACUGUGGUCUGAUUUUUUGCCAACCACAUCAGAUCCAUGGUACUGUCUUCUGCUGCUCUGAUCCCAUUUGUUCUGUGUGCUGGCACUUUAAAGAUUUAAGAUUACCUAUAUGGUAUCAUCCUUCAUCCAUCAAAUAAGAGUCUGCCAUGGGAACAAAGCGGCAGGAAUUUAAGAAUAUAGAAAGCAGGGAAUUUGCUAAUAGCUACAAGCUAAACUAAACCAAUGUAAAUGCAUAUGCUGCUGAUAAAAAUGAACCAUUUUAAUGAAGGAAGGGGAUAAUUGGUCUUGUACUUCAUACUCUGCAAGAUCUGUAUUAUUGGAUAUGUCAAAGUAGUGACUUUAUCAUUUUAUAUUGGGUUGUAUAAAAACACACAUUUCCUUACAGCAUCAUGUUUGCAAUUCUGUGCCAUUCUUGAGCUAGUCAUCUCAAAAUUUAAUCACAUCAUCUGGAAUUACCUUUGUUUGAAAUCUCUAGCAUUAUGGAGUAUGAUAAGGGUCCAAAAUGUAACUUCUGUAAUUCCUUCUCGGCAAGCUAUGAACUUAGAAGUCAAGGGAAUGCAACUGCUUGUGCACAACUUUUCCUCUCUCUUAUGUCCCCAUCAUAAAGUGAAGACUGCGUGGAGCAAGUUGUUUUCUUAAAAAAGACCAGGCAGACUGAUUAUUGUGUGGCUCAAUUCAGAUCUCACUACCAACUAGCAGCUUGAUCUCCAGGAAGGUGCUCCAGAGUCAUGCAUUCUCUCUUCCCCUUGCGUGCUUGGUUUCCCUCUUACACUUCCUAAUCUGUAAUUUGAAGCAGUAGUUCACCUGCACAAUUGAUGGUUACUGCUCACCAUAGUUUGCCUCCAAACUAAAAACCACAGUUUGAGCACGAAGUACAUUUCUGACAACAAGAUCACAGUUUGGCCAUGACUUCUGAACUGAGCCUGUCUUCCCAUCCCCAUUCUUGGUUAAUAUUGUUUCAUCUUUUUCUAAAAUAGUGUUAGUGUUAUGUAGAAUGAGGAGAUUGUUUUGGUUCCUACUUUUGUUUUAAACACUGAGUUCCUGUGGCUCCAGCAAAGCAUUUGUACUCUGAUUAUGAUACAUUCUAAGUAUGCCCUUUAAAAUUAUUUGAUAACUUUUAGAUUUUUAAAAAUAAUGGUUUUCAAGCAUUACCCACUAUAUCGAAGGUUGUUAUAGUCAGAAAAAAGUAGGCAACUCUGUUUCCUGUAUUUCGCUGAGAGCAAUUAGAUAACAGUUUGAAUGGAACUGAGUUGUCUGUUAUUGUACAUAACAGCUCCAGCUUAGAAAACUGGUAUCAAUGAAUCAAAUUUCUGAAUGUACAAAAUACAGUCUGGAAGCAUUAAUGAUGUGUGAGUUUGCAAAAUUCCUUUAAAAGUGGUAAAUUCCUGCAAGGCAAUAGUGAACAUGGGCCAAGAAUGAUACCUUCCUGGCUGGCUGGUUUGAGGGAAAAUCUGCCAGACAUUGCUGCUGUGCAACAUCCAUUUGUUUUAGGCCUAUUUGUUCCAGGUUUCUGUGCAGGUCAAUGCAAAAUGAAUGGAACUUGUGUACAGCAAUGUUUGAGGGAUUAUUUCUAAAACUAAGAGUUAUCAAGGGUUAUUUGUAAUCUUAAAUUUAUUUCCUCGUUUUAAAUGUAUAUUAUAUUAAAGGGACUCUGUCCAGUACAUUUUUAUCUGAAGUUUUGUAACAGUGAUUUCUAAAAAAACCAAACUUUCAUGUUUUUGUAUUUUUUAAAGUAUGAAAAACUUUCUCUCUCAUCCUUCCCUGUCCAGCAUAUUUACAGAUGUCAUGUUAUGUAUCUUCACCUUCUGAAUGUCAGCAUUUUAACAAUUUCAGAGAGAUUGCAAUAACUCUGGAAAUCCAUGUUGCUGUAUAUGCACCUUUCCCACACUGGAGAACUCUAUUAGUUUGAUUAUGUCCAUGUCUUUAAAAGAAAGCAGUCUUUAAUGGGAUAACAUGUACUUUUGUUAGUGGGGGCACAAACAAAGCCCAUGGAAGUCAAUAAAAACUUAAAGCAUUUCAGUUGGCAGUUAAUUUAAGCCAUGUGAUAUUUUUGAGAAAUUGAUAUAUUAACAUAAUAGCACUUGGGUUUUGGCAUACAUUGAAAAAUUAUAGAGGAUACAGAUAGAUGUUUUUAAAAAUGUUUGUUGAUAUGGCUAUGGAAGCCAGAAGAGUAUAAUGUUAACACAACUUAGCAGAUAUGGUGCUUUGAUACAUGAUGUGUUCUAAUGAUUGCCAUGCCGUCCCUGCUGCCCAUUCACCUUUUCAUCUUGGUUCAAGGUUAAAGUUCAAGCUUUCCAAAACAUAUAUUCCAGACAUUCAUUUUGGGGAUAAAGUGCUGUGAUAUUACCCCAUCAACUGCUAGAUCUUUCAAAGCAUAUACCUUGUAGAUCAUAUUUUACUAUAUAGAGUAUGCUAGACACAUGAGUACAGGGAAAUUUAUUUGAAGCUAGAACUGUUAUGCUUUUGAUGAUAAGUUUCUGCAAUUUUCAGGACUGAGUAGAAUUUGAUAUGGCUGAUAAAAGACAGGAAUUUAAGUCUGAACAACUGUCUGAUUCAUGAAGAGUACUUAGUGUCAAAACAGCUGUAUUAACGUGUAGACUGACAUGUAGUAGCACCUUAAUUUAUAACUCAAUUGAAAAUCUGGAGAUGGCAGUUGUAGUCUGAAUUGGGAAUUUUUAAAAACAUGCUGCCUAUCAAAAUUUAUUAGCACAAAAUUUCUUUAAAUUAAAUCUGUUGUCUACUGUAUUUUGUUUAGCAAAAAUACAUUGCAGUGAAGGAAAAAAUCCAAAUUUGAAAUUGUAGUGUUUUUGCCCUUCAUGAGCUUUAUGAGAAGAUGAGUGUUCCUCAUGUGUGUCUUUAUAUAAUAUACCUGACAUAAUAUCUUUCAAGCUGUUAAUUAUGAAAUGGCUAGGAUCCAAGGGGCCAGCUGUGAUGCUUGACAGGGAAUUUUUGUCACAAUGGAAAGAAAUUCCUGUUACUUCAUCACCAAUCAGCAAUGCUGAAUAUUGUACCUUAAUUAACCACAUAUUUAUAAUAAUAAUGGUGAUGAAGUUGGUUGUAAGUAGUACUGUAUGUAUUCGAGUCUCACCAAAAGGCAAAAGCAAUGGUAGAAUAUAAUUUGGAGGAGAUAGCAUUACAUGUACCAUCUUCAUGCUACAAGUUGAUAAUUUGACUUAGAAUCCUGAUAUAUGAUGAUAGUCCCUUGGAGAUUAUGAAAAAUAUUUGCAUUUUGAUAAGCUUAUUUUGAUAUUUGUAGGAUUAUCUCUGAAACCUGAGAUUCAACUUCACUAAAUGCUCUCUUGAGAACUAUCCUCUAAGUAGUACAAAAUAUGUGCAAAAAUACUUUUCAGUCAAGCACAACAUGCUUUUAUGCCAUUCUCCUGAAGGUGACCUUCUGUAGGUUGCUCCUCUUUAAGGGGUGCAGUGCUAUAUUCAUUUACUUGGGAGUAAUCCACCUGAAUAUGUAUGUAUAAGAUUGUGCUAUAAAUGCAACAUGAAACAUCAUCUGAAAACUGCUAUAGAAUCUGAUUCCUUUCCUGGUUCAACCUAGUCUGCACUAAAGAAAACAUAAGAUGGAAAUGCUGAAAUUGCAGAAGUAGAUGGCAUACCCCAUAAUAAACAGCAGCAUUGCAUUAGGAUGCCAUGGGCAAUUUAGUAUUAUCUUUAGAUACGUCAGAACACCAGAGAUGAUAUUGAAGAUUUUAGAGGGAUUUUUAUUCAUCUGCGAUGGAGGAUUCGUUAUAAUCUCACUGUGAUGCUUGGGAAAUGGGUUUUCUAUUGUUCUGAUCAAAGAAUAAUGUUUAGAACCAAAUUCUGAACCCAGUUUUGUAGUUAUCCAGCCUUCUUUAUGUGCCACUGGUGCAAGUGGUAUAUGCCCACCUACAGUUGGUGUAAUGUAUUAAAAUAAGCAUUUGAUAUUGAGAGGGAACAACCAUAUACAAUUAAUAUUCCAAUAUAUAAUUACCUUUCUACCAACAUGGAUGAUGCUGUGAUGUCCUAUUCUGUGCAAAGCACCAGAAAAAGCACACUGGAAUUUUAUUUUCAAAUUACCAGAAUAGUAAUCACCUGAAAGUAAUCAAGAACUUUUCACUCAGCAGUUUAUACAUAAUUUUGGUUUGCUUUAUGUUAACAGUGAGGUCUGUUUAAUGACCAGGGUGGUGGAGGAAUAAAAAGCCUUCAUGCUUAUUUUGUGUAGGUUGAUAUAUAUGUGUGUGUGUGCGCUCAUGUACUACUGUGUGUGUAUGUGCCUUCAAGCAGCCUGUCGACUGACGGCAACCCUAUGAAUUUCAUGGGGUUUUCUUAGGCAGAGAAUACUCAAGAGAGUCUCAAGUUUUUCAUAUUGUCUCUUAUUUUAAUUUUUUUAAAAACUGCAGGCUCCUGAUGUCCAAGUGAAACAGCCUCCUCAGUAAAAACACUGAAACUAAAGUAAUAGUGUUGCAGUUAAGCACUUUUGAUUGGCAGUUUUUAAAAUCAGAAUUAUUUUUCUGGCUGAAUAAUUAAGCCUCAGAGAUUUGAUUUUCAUUGACAAUAAGGUUU